AUGGAAAGAGAGGGAAGCAGCAAUCACUGGGACUGGAACAAUCCUGAAACACGUAGACGUCUGGAAGACCUGUUCUUUGAUGAGCGUGGUUACAUCAAAUCUAAGUCAGAAGAAAGCAAAGAGUUUUGGGUAUUUUUUGAACGUUUUCAACGAUUUCAAGUUCUUCAGAAGCAAAAAACAAGAAGAAGUGACGUGGGAGAGGAAGAAGGGCAUAAAAAGAAACUUGCUGACCUUCCAAAGGAAUAUGAUCCAAGAUAUCGCAUUAACAUGUCCAUUAUUUUAAGCAGAGAGGCUGAGAGAGCUCUUCAUGGUCAUCAGAAGAAAGGUCAUAAAUCCAGGAACUAUGAAGAUAUACCCAUAGACAAAUUGACUGAAUUCAAAAAAGCCAUCCUGCACUAUUUGGACUUUAACCAGAGACAAAGUUUUGGGAAGUUGACUAAGCUUCGGAAAGAAAGGUCAAGCUUGCCUAUCUUUCAAUACAAAGAUAAAAUUGUGCAGAUGGUGAGGGACCAUCAGGUUGUGGUGGUAGCGGGGGACACUGGAUGUGGAAAGUCCACACAGGUUCCUCAAUACCUACUUGCAGCUGGGUUUGGACACAUUGCAUGUACUCAGCCUCGUAGGAUUGCCUGUAUUUCAUUAGCAAAGCGAGUUGGAUUUGAGAGCCUUAACCAGUAUGGAUCAAAGGUUGGGUACCAAAUUCGCUUUGAGAGCAGCCGUUCUCCAGCCACAAAGAUUGUAUUUCUUACAGAAGGUUUAUUACUACGUCAGAUCCAGAGAGAUUCUGACAUCCCUCAAUACCAGGUUCUUAUUGUCGAUGAAGUUCAUGAGAGACAUCUACACAGUGACUUUCUGCUGGGAGUCUUGCGACGGCUGCUUCCUCAGAGGCCUGAUCUGAAAGUCAUUCUUAUGUCUGCCACAAUAAACAUCAAACUCUUCUCUGAAUAUUUUGACCAGGCCCCAGUUCUGCAGGUUCCAGGAAGACUUUUCCCUAUACAGGUAAUUUAUCAGCCGAUUCCUCAGGAAGAAGCUGUGUCAAAAUCAGAGAAACUAGACCCCAGGCCUUAUCUUCGUGUGGUACAAGCCAUCGAUCACAAAUACCCCACAGAUGAACGUGGUGACCUCCUUAUCUUCCUGAGUGGGGUGACUGAGAUUAGCACAGUGCAAGAGGCAAUACAGGUUUAUGCCACCCACACCCAACGCUGGAUUGUGCUUCCUCUGCACAGCACUUUGUCAAUUGCAGAGCAAGAUAAGGUUUUUGACUUGACUCCUCCAGGAGUCAGAAAAUGUAUAAUCUCCACUAACAUUGCCGAGACCUCUGUCACCAUAGAUGGAGUAAGAUUUGUUCUAGACUCCGGAAAAGUGAAGGAGAUGAGUUUUGAUCCCAAGGCUAAGAUGCAGCGACUACAGGAAUUCUGGAUUAGCCGUGCCAGUGCUGAGCAGAGAAAAGGACGAGCAGGCAGAACUGGUCCUGGUGUGUGUUACCGUCUGUAUGCAGAAUCGGAUUAUGAUGCCUUUGCGGCAUAUCCUGUGCCAGAGAUCCAGCGUGUGGCCUUGGAUGCUCUUGUACUUCAGAUGAAAAGCAUGGGCCUGGGAGAUCCCCGUAUUUUUCCAUUUAUUGAGCAGCCUCCUAUGUCAAGUAUAGAGACAGCCAUUCUGUACUUGAAAGACCAAGGCGCAUUGGAUGUUUAUGAGGAGCUCACACCGAUUGGUAACCUGCUGGCAAAGCUUCCGGUGGAUGUAGUUAUUGGAAAGAUGCUUAUCCUGGGUUCACUGUUCAGCCUUGUGGAACCAGUUCUGACUAUAGCAGCAGCCCUUAGUGUACAGUCUCCAUUUCUACGAAAUGCAACCAACAAUCCAGAAUGCACCACAGCCAGGAAACCCUUAGAGAGUGAUCAUGGAGAUCCAUUCACUUUGCUCAAUGUCUUCAAUGAGUGGCUCCAGAUCAAGUCAAAUCGUGGCAGUAACUCCAGAAAGUGGUGUAGAAGGCGGGGGCUGGAGGAGCAAAGGUUAUAUGAGAUGACAAACCUGCGGCGUCAGUUUAAGGAGUUACUAAAGGACCAUGGAAUGCUGCAGGAGAGUGAAACCCGAACAGUUGACCGAUACAGGCGUCAGCGGCAACACAAGGAACGCAAGGAGCUUCACCAGCUGAAGAGGGAGCAUGAGCGCACAGAGAAACGCAAACGCAAAGUGCUUAAAUUGCAGGAUGAGGAAUUGGGAACCUCCAGUGAUGAGGACAAAAAAUCUAGUAAAGAAAGGAACAAUUCUGUAGAUAUCCAGGAUGUGAAGUUUAAAUUAAGACACAAUGUGGAUGAGCUGCGAGAACUGUCUGGUGCUGGAGAGGAGCUGUCAAGCAGACAACUUUCCUUGCUCAAGCUUAUCGUGUGCCAUGGACUGUACCCGCAACUGGCACUACCAGAUAGCUUUAACAGCUGCCGAAAGGACUCUGACCAGGUCUUCCACACAAAAAGCAAGCAGGGGAUUGUCCUCCACCCAACAUCUGUCUUCUCCAGUAAUCCAGAGCUCCUUCAAGUAGACGAGGACCAAGAGGAAGUCAAUGUGAAUGAUUCAAAGAAUCGGGGGCUGAGCAGUAAGCACCAGAUUGUAGGAUUUGUGUCACUACUAGAGACCAACAAACCUUAUUUGGUGAAUUGUGUGAGACUGCCAGCUUUGCAGGGUCUUCUACUUUUGGCUCGUUCCUUGGACACCAACACUGACUGCUGCCGCAUUGUGUGUGAUGGCUGGAUAGAAAUGAACAUGGAAGAUCCUGAAAAUACCCUGCAUCUUAUUUCUGAGGCUGUAAAAGUGCGUCUGGCGUGGGAAAAGGUAUUGCGCUCCAGGCUUGAAAAAUCGAACAGACGUGAUUUUGAUGAAGAUGACAAGCGUCGAUGGAGGCGAGAGAUUGAUGGGCUUAGGGCAGCGUCUGGUUGACUAUGUGCGCUCAGAGAUAAGGUAUAGUAUGAGGCGCCUGGCAGUUUUAGAAAUGCAGAACCUGUACGUCGGUCCUCAGCCAGUCACUGAUACCAUCAGCUUAAAGGGUGUGUUCGGCAAUGAUGAUGUGAUGCCUGAUAAUGUGAAAGGUGGAUAUACUGUGACCAACUUCCUGACUUACAACUGUUUGAGGAGCGAUGCUGAUUUGUACAGUGAUUGUUUGCGCACAUUCUGGACCUGUCCUCGCUGUGGCCUAUACAUGCCAUUUACACCUUUAGAACGCAUGGCACAUCAGAACAGCUGUAUAGAAGAAGAGAAAACUGAGACUGAAGAACAAGGAAUGAAGCCCUCUUCACUGACUUCUCUACACAAGAAAUAUCACUGUGAUGUAUGUGACAAGGACUUCUCCCUGACCCCCACUGAGAUUCUCAAACACAAGAGGCUGCAUCUAAACUCUUAG